CAGAGAGACCGAGAGAACAGUGUAGUUCGCAAGAGCGGAAUAUCCAAGUCAUAUAGGGGGGUGGCUGUGGGGUAACUGCGCGGCCUCCAGCGCCUGUAUUGCCAAAGGAAGUAGAACCAUCCUCCAUAGCGAUUUUACUGAGGUCCAGAAACUGGGGACUGUACGGCUUCUAAUUUACCAUGGCAUCUUCUCUGCCAAGAACCCUUGGUGAGCUUCAGUUGUACAGAAUACUACAGCGAGCUAACCUCCUGUCUUACUUUGAUGCCUUUAUCCAGCAAGGAGGAGAUGAUGUUCAGCAGCUCUGUGAAGCAGGCGAAGAAGAAUUUCUUGAGAUAAUGGCUCUGGUUGGAAUGGCCAGUAAACCACUCCAUGUUAGAAGACUGCAGAAGGCACUGAGAGACUGGGUCACAAACCCAGGAAUAUUUAAUCAACCUCUCACAUCCCUACCAGUCAGUAGCAUUCCAAUUUACAAGCUACCUGAAUCUUCCUCCGCUUUACUAGGAAUAAACUCCAAUAGUUCCGAAAUGAAGAGCAAUACAAGAGAUCCACACCUGAAGAUCCCAAAAUGUGCAGCUACAACUUUGUGUCCAGGAAAAUCAGAUGUAGUAGGGAAUUCUCCUCUUCAGAACAACAGCGAAGGACGGCACUGGCAAAGUCACCAUACCACAGAAAGUGAACAUAGUUUGUCCCCAGCUGAUCUAGGCUCUCCUGCAUCCCCUAGAGAUAUAACUGAAACCUUGGACACUUCAGCUGCUCUCUCAGUUGCCGAAUGUGUGGAGCGGAUGUUCCCUUCUUUACCUAAGAGUGAUGUAAAUGAGGUUAGGGAAUUUCUAAAGACAAACAAAAAGCUGUCAAAGAUGAUUGGACACAUUUUCGAGAUGGUAGAUGAAGACCCCCACAGGGAAGAGGAAAUUCGCAAGUACAGUGCAAUCUAUGGCAGGUUUGACUCUAAAAGAAAGGAUGGGAAACAUCUGACACUUCACGAGCUCACCGUGAAUGAAGCUGCUGCUCAACUUUGCAUGAAGGAUAUUGCUCUGCUCACCAGAAGAGAUGAGCUGUUUACACUUGCACGGCAGAUAUCCCGAGAAGUCACAUAUAAGUACACUUACAGAUCCACCAAGUCUAAAUGUGAAGACCGAGAGGAAUUGUCCCCCAAGAGGAUCAAAACAGAGGAAAACAUAUCUGAUUAUCAGGGGACACACCUCACACUUCACCAGCAAAUGGAAUCUUUAAAGGAACAGAUGGCUAUUGCAAAAGCUAAGGGAGAAGAAACAGUAGCUCACAGUUUACAGGCUAAACUUGAAAAACUUUUGUCAAAGCAAUUGGACAUAUUACGCAAUUCAGAGUAUGACAGACUGCAGAAUCCAGAAAUAUGUCAUUUUAGUGGACAUUACCUGAAAAAUUUGGAAAACAAUAGUCCAACAACUAUUGCUUCUGAUAGCUCAGAGAGUCAAGAUGGCAUUGGAAUUCUAAAGGAUUACUCACAAGCAGCCUUAAACUAUACAGAAAGGAAGAUCAUUAAGCUGGAACCAGAAGAUACGAGAUAGCUGUAAAGACAAUCUUCUAAUUUUAAUAAUUAUUACCAACACCACAAGCAAGCCUUAAACUGUUACCAGUGUUGCCUCAUCAAUACAUACAAAGCCAAAGCUUACAGACUGAUACCAUUGGUAUUAAGAAGACAGGACUACUGAUACAGUUUUUUUGCUGGACAUACAUUCCUUUAAUGCCUUUUACAAAAAUGGCAAAGCUCACAAAUUAAUACCAAUGGGCUUCCAGUGUUUAAGAAUAAAAAAAUGUGUUUGUGUAAGGUACGAAACACAUAAGUGUUAGAACAUGUAUUCAAUUUAAUAUAUGUGAAUACGGUUAAUUUUACUUGAAAAUGUCUGUUUUAUUACUUCUGUUUUAGAUAAUGAUAUUGCUUAGUAUAGGAUAAACACAUAUCCUUGGGAUUACAGGAGAAAAUAGCCUGGCGUGAGAAAUGGCUUGCAAUAAUGUUAAUUUAAAAUGUUUAUUAUUAUUAAAAGUAAUGCAUACAUAUACUCUAUAUGUAUAAUAUAGAUAUAUAGCUUUAUACACUGCUCAAAAAAA